AUGCGCUUGAUCAACACUCAAACGUUGGAGCUAGAAGAUUUCGCCAGCAAUGAUCUUGUUCCUCCCUACGCCAUUCUGUCCCAUACGUGGGGUGACGGUGAGGUGACCUUUCACGAUUGGCAGGAUGAUGAAAAAAGAGCCAAAAAGAAGGGCUUCUACAAAAUUCAGUCAACAUGCAGACAGGCUGUCCAGGACGGCUACUCACAUGCAUGGGUUGACACCAAUUGCAUUGACAAGAGCAGUUCCGCAGAGCUAUCGGAAGCUAUCAACUCCAUGUUCGCCUGGUAUGAGAACGCCGCCGUUUGUUAUGUCUACAUGCCCGAUGUUAUACAAUUACCAACCAAGGGAUACGGCACCCAUUUUCAAGAGAGCAGAUGGUUCACGCGGGGCUGGACCCUGCAAGAGCUCAUCGCUCCUCGAAACAUCGUGUUUUACGGCCGCGACUGGGAGAUGCUGGGGACAAAGGCCGGGCUCGUCACAACCAUAACGAAACGGAUCACCAAAAUUCCCAGAGAGUGUUUGCUGAACGAGCAGCCUCUCUCCAGCUUCAGCACAGCACAGAUAAUGUCAUGGGCCUCUUCACGCGUUACGACCCGCCCAGAAGACCAGGCGUAUUGCCUUUUGGGGUUGUUUGGUGUCAACAUGCCGCUUCUCUAUGGUGAAGGCUGCAAGGCGUUCGUGAGACUGCAGGAGGAAAUCAUCAAGAUAUCCGACGACCAGAGCAUAUUCGCCUGCGAUAUGGAAGCUCUAGCUAUGAGUGCCUCCAUGGCGACUUCCCCACGCCUUUUUUCUCGCUCAUCAGAGGUGGAAAGACGAGCGCCUGCCGCUUCUCAUACGACAACUCUUCCCCCAUUCUACUCCAUGACGAAUUCGGGCCUCUCUAUUUCUCUCCCCCUCGUAGAGACUUUGUCGCCUCAUUUUGUUCUCGGAAAGAUCAGCUGCAUGCUCUCCGGAGACGGCGGCGGACCUAUUAUGCUGCCGUUGUCUUCACAUGUCAGCGACUACCGACAUCAAUAUACACGCGUGUCUGUUCCAUCGGCAUGGAUCACAUUGUUUUGCGAUUCGAUAAAGAAACUGCUUCCUUUGUAUGAGGAAAGUUCCGAGUUCCCCGAGAAUUGGGCCGUCGACUUCGACCCGGAAGAGACGACCACCAUCAUGAUCACAAUGCCCAAACCAGCCGAACAAAUCUAUCUUCAGAGAAGAGUCUUUAGUCCUUUGAGGAGAAUGGGAGCUAAGGUGUUUUUUCUCAUCGUCUUCCCGCGAGGACUAUCGCGAUAUCGUCUUUACGCUGCCGACCCGCCAGAGGCUCUCGAGGAGCGUACAAGCAUGAUGGCUAUGGUGGGCAAGAGUGACGCCGAUGAAGUCGGUAGAGGUCUUCUCAUUUUCAAGAAAAAAGCCUCCGGUCGAGAAAGCGGGAAAUACGUGGCAGUUUAUCUCGAGACAGGGCUGGACGAGGACCUUCCGUUAGAAGAGCGAUUUUACGGGUGGCGCCGCAGAUGUCGAGUAUUUCCGGACUGGAAUGUCAAUCAUACUCUGAAGGACGUCAAACCUUUCAGCGACGAGUUCCUCGGUGAAAGGGGGAGGGCGAGCUGGGUUGGCGACUUCCUAGUGACGGCGAGGACUAUGCUUCCGGUCGAUUCUCCGCAUAUACCAGGGACUUCCACCGUCUUAGUAGCGGAAAUCAUCUUUGAUAUGAAUCGAUUCCGGGACAUGAGAGGGCGUAAAGGAUCAAUCAGCGAAACCAACGACUCACAACAUUACAGUAUGAUGCUGCGUGACUCGGAAGGAUCAGACGUUGAGCUGUAG